AUGAUUGCGUUACUAAUUCCAAUUCGCCGUAUUUUCAUAUUUCUUAUACUUGUUCAGUCAGUUGCUCUUUAUAAAAUUUACUCAUUAGAUAACAACCCAUCGGCCCUACAAAGUGAUUCAUUAUCAUCUUCUUCUUCUUUCAAUAAAGAAAAUAAUCAAGUAUUACCAUUUAAAAGUAUGGAAAUUCAUGAUGGCGAUAAUGAUGACGGCGCAGUUUUCGAUACAAAUAAUUAUGAAAACAAUGAUAAUGUAGCACCAUGGUUAUCGUAUUUAUCGGAGACGAGACAAAAUGAGAAACCUUCAUGGAAACGUUCGAUAUUUUCAUUUAAAUCAUCAAAUUCUGAUGUGCAACAUCGCAAUAAUCGACCACAUUGGAAUCCACUCGUAGCUGCUUAUAAACGGUGUGGUGAACUCUCGAUGCACGAAGAACGAGAAUCUUGUUUCAAGGAUGCAGUUCAAAGGCUUUUUGUUUUUAAGCUACGAAAAUAA